AUGGCCCAGGGGAACAACUACGGCCAGACCAGCAACGGGGUGGCGGACGAAUCCCCCAACAUGCUGGUGUACCGGAAGAUGGAAGAUGUCAUAGCCCGCAUGCAAGACGAGAAAAACGGGAUUCCCAUUCGAACGGUCAAAAGCUUCCUUUCCAAGAUCCCCAGCGUCUUCUCUGGGUCAGACAUUGUUCAGUGGUUGAUAAAGAACCUGACGAUAGAAGAUCCAGUGGAGGCCCUCCAUUUGGGGACGCUGAUGGCUGCCCAUGGCUACUUCUUCCCAAUCUCAGAUCACGUCCUCACCCUCAAGGAUGACGGCACCUUUUACCGGUUUCAGACGCCCUACUUUUGGCCAUCCAAUUGCUGGGAGCCGGAAAACACGGACUACGCGGUAUACCUCUGCAAGAGGACGAUGCAGAACAAGGCCCGGCUGGAGCUCGCCGACUACGAGGCUGAGAGCCUGGCCCGGCUGCAGAGAGCCUUCGCCCGGAAGUGGGAGUUCAUCUUCAUGCAGGCGGAGGCGCAGGCAAAAGUGGACAAGAAGAGAGACAAGAUCGAGAGGAAGAUCCUCGACAGCCAAGAGAGGGCCUUCUGGGACGUGCACCGCCCCGUGCCUGGCUGUGUCAACACCACGGAGGUGGACAUCAAAAAGUCGUCCCGGAUGCGAAACCCGCACAAAACCCGCAAGUCUGUCUAUGGUUUACAGAAUGAUAUUCGAAGUCACAGUCCCACCCACACACCCACACCAGAAACGAAACCUCCCACAGAAGAUGAGCUACAGGAGCAGAUAAACUAUUGGCAAAUACAGUUAGACAGACAUCGAUUAAAAAUGUCAAAAGUCGCUGAUAGUCUGCUGAGUUACACGGAGCAGUAUUUAGACUACGACCCAUUUUUUGUGCCACCCGACCCUUCCAACCCGUGGCUGUCCGAUGAUACCACUUUCUGGGAACUUGAAGCAAGCAAAGAACCGAGCCAGCAGAGGGUCAAACGGUGGGGGUUCGGCAUGGAUGAAGCGUUGAAAGACCCCGUGGGGAGGGAGCAGUUUCUUAAGUUUCUAGAGUCAGAAUUCAGCUCCGAAAACUUAAGGUUCUGGCUGGCAGUGGAGGACUUGAAGAAGAGGCCCAUUAGGGAAGUCCCCUCGCGGGUCCAGGAGAUAUGGCAGGAGUUCCUGGCUCCGGGAGCCCCCAGCGCCAUCAACCUGGACUCGAAGAGCUACGACAAGACCACGCAGAACGUGAAGGAGCCCGGGCGGUACACGUUCGAGGACGCUCAGGAGCACAUUUACAAACUGAUGAAAAGCGAUUCAUACCCACGUUUUAUACGAUCCAGUGCCUACCAGGAGCUUCUACAGGCGAAGAAAAAGGGGAAGUCCCUCACGUCCAAGAGGUUAACGAGCCUCGUCCAGUCCAGCUGA